AUGCACGCCCAGCAGGAGGGGCAGGGCCCCCAGCAGGCCGGCUCCAUCUUUUCCCCUCGCCCCGGCGGCGGCAAGGAGGUCCCCGGCCACGUGCACGGCGGCAACGCCUUUGUGUCCGUGCUCGCCUCCGGCGCCGGCGGCGGCCGCGGGCUGGACAGCCCGCUGCCCGGCGACCUCGCCUCCCCACGCACGCCCGCCAAGGGCAGCAGCCUGGCCGCGGACGACAGCAUCACCCCGCCAGGCACCGGCGACAGCGACGCCGCCCCCAAGACUGUUCGCUUUUCGGAUGAGGAGCGCGACAACCUGCAUGUGGGGCUGAAGGUUUCCUCCAGGAGCUCCAGCGCGGACUCGCUGCACCGCAGCUACGAUGCGGCCUACGAGCGCCGCGAGGUGCCGCCGGUCGCCUCGGGCUUCCACGUGGUGCACACCGCGGGCGGCCGGCUGGAGGCAGUAUCCAGCAGCGCUCGGUGGGAGGAUGUGGUGGGAUACUCCCGAGCCGUCAAGCGAGGCCCCUUCAUCUACGUGUCGGGCACCUCUGCUGUGGACCAGGCGAGCGGGCGCGUGAUGUACCGGCGCGAUGCAUACAAGCAGACGCGCCUGGCCUUCACCAUCAUCGAGCGUGCGCUGGAGCAGGUGGGGGCCACCGUAGAGGAUGUGGUGCGCACCCGCCUCUUCGUGCGCAACCUGCAGCGCGAUGGAGAGGCCAUCAGCAAGGCGCACGGCGAGGUGCUGGGCCACGUUAAGCCCGCCAGCACAAUGGUGGAGGUGGCGCGCCUGGUGCACGAGGACAUCCUGGUGCUGAUUGAGGUGGACGCAAUCCUGGAGAGCGAGGGCCUGUGA